CUCAAAUGGGCGUGGAGGUGGGCCAAACUUUUCUCUCUUUUUUCUUUCUUGGAGAAGGCACGAGGGGUCCAAGUUGGCUGGAUUGGUCCCCGCGCGUCAUUGAGCGUGACGUCUCUGAUUUUACUUCAUCUCUCCGUUUCCUCUCCUUCGCCAGGACUCACCUCAAUCCACCUCCAUCCAGAGUAUCCUCUCUCGACGCCUGCUUCGGCUCACAUCAAAUGCUGUAGGCCUCAUCUGCAGCCAGACCUCCAUCAAAACCCAUUACGUCCAUCCGAACACUGUCGAUUCCGCUGGCGACCGUAGACGACGCAGACGCAGCCCUUCUCAUUUCUGCAGCGCCUUCACGUGUGAGUGAGCUGAAUGCGCCGGCCACGACUCACCUGCAGCCACAGUCCGUCACGGCACACAUCUCAUCUCGCCUGCUGUCCCUCGCCUCGCCGCCAGCAUCACGGCCGCUGUGCCACUCCCGUCCAGACUGCCCGUUCGCUGGGGCUGCUGGAACACAAUUGACUUGACUAUCGUCGCCGUAUCCCAGCGCUGCCACGCUCUGCACGUACCUGCCUGCCCUCCUGCCUUUCUGCCCUGGUGGAAUCCGCCCUCCCCAAAUCCUCCACAGAAGGGCUUGCCGGCCUGUCUGCCCGCUUUUUCGAUACCUUGGCUGUUCUGCAGCUGCCAGGACUCGUUGUCUUUUCGGCACCUUGACUGAACCCGGCAUGGCUGUCCCUUCGGAUCCUCCGGGCGACACUGUUGCCUUCUACAACGCGCGUGACGACUCAGAGGAUGGCGGUCUCUCUGAUGAUGACGAUCUCGAUCUUUAUAGCCAAGACGGCAGUGAUCCUCAAACCAACGUGAGUGAGUCGGCCGCUGCCGACGGCACUGCUGGAUCGGCUGUUGCCAUGGAUGACUACGCCAAGUCUUUCGACUCUCCGAUCCGUGAGGAGGAAGAGGCCGAGCCACCACAAGACGAGGUUGAGUCCGUCAUAUCGGCCCCGUCUCUAGAGCGCAGUAGUCAUGAACAGCCCGAGCCGGCCGGUCCUGUACCGGAUAAGUCCCAGUCCAACUCCUCUCCGCUCGCAUCUGAAGGCUCUGCUGGGGCAUCGUCGCCAAGCCCAUCUGAUGCACAACCUGCCGGGCUUCCUGUGGCCCAACCCGACGCCGUGGCAGUGACCACCGCGCAGCCUGCCGAUGGCGCCAGCGCGGCCCAGCAGCACCAGCCACCAAAAGAUCCGUCUCAGCUCGCGUCCCAGCCUUCUUUGAGAACUGAAUCCUCCGACCUGCCCAAGGCUCACUACGAGGAGAGUAGCUUCGCGAGCAAUGAUGCCAAUCUCGCGUUUGAUAUCCAGGAGCUGGUGAAUGACAUCAACGGCGCCUCUCCUUCCGUGUCUGCGGCUUCAUUGCCGUCCGACUCCUCCACAUCCGACCCUGCUGCCCAGAUGCAACUGGAACCUGGCUCACCACCCGCUGCCGCCGUCCAAACGGCCGGUGCAGAUGUUCCGUCGACAACAGGGCCAGCCCCGCCCGACGGUCUAUCGCUGUCCGGGGGCUUGCCUCUGGCCAUCAACCAGCAGUCUCCCAAACCAGGCGAACCUAACUCCUCGUUGUUCCCCGCCAACGUGGUCCCGCCAACUGGUCCCGCGGCCCUCAUGAAUCAGGGGAAGAAGGGCGUAAACAAGGGUGGUCGCGGAGCCAAGAACGGGAACGCGAUGCCUCCGUCCGGCCCAGCUGCCACUCGCGGAGCCCCAUCCGGUCCCAAGGCCCAGUCUGGCUCUCGCCAUAACGCGCGCAACGCUGGCCAGCAGACGUAUGACAUGUUUCUUGCUGAUGAGCGACGAUAUACAGCCGAAGCCAAGUGGGAGAAGUUCCCGGAUGGGUCCCGUAUUUUCGUUGGUAACUUGUCCCAAGAACGAGUCUCGAAAAAAGAGGUGUUCAACAUGUUCCACAAGCACGGCCGCCUUGCACAGAUCUCACUGAAGCCCGCCUAUGGAUUUGUCCAGUACCACACCGCCGCUGAAGCCGCCGAGGCUAUCAGGCACCUCCAGGGCAUCGACGUUCGCGGCCGCAAAAUAAACUUGGAGGUUUCCAAAACGCAGAAGAAGAGCGGCAAGGAACGCGAUCGUUCCCCUGAUCGUAGCAACGAUCGCAACAACGAUCGCAACAAGAAGGGCGGUCGCAAGGGCGAUGCCUACGACGGGCGCGACAAUGCACGCGAUGGAAGUCGCCAGUCGGACGGAUACCGUCCCAGCUAUGACCAACCUGCCCGUCGAGGUGGAGAUCGGUUUGGCGAUGACCACAGCCGUGGGCGCCACGGUGAGCGGGGCAGGUCCCGGUCCCGGUCGCCUAGGCCUUAUCCGAGAUCCGACGACUACCGCCAGCGCAGCCCCACGCGGGCGCACGGUGACAGUCAUGGGUAUGGCGGUUAUGGUGGACAAAGUGCCCGGGCGCCACAGGGCGGCAUCCCUGACGCGCAGAUUCUUCUGUUGCAGGAUGUUCACAAGGAUUUUGUCCAGUACGUCCAGAAAGGAUUCUCUGACCGGGGCCUCAGGACCGACGUUAUGUUCGUCGACCCUCGUUUCCUUGACAAUAUCGUCCAGCGCCAGAUGGUCGACGGGGCCCAUGCAGUGGUGAAGCUGGACCUGCAUGCGCAGAGCGUGGGCAAGGUUGCUGCACGGGUGUUCAACCGGACGCCAGGCACCACGCAGAUCAACUUCAACGAGUACCGAGAUCUCGACGUCAGCGUGGCGGCCGAGCUUGUGCUACAGACAAAGAUGCGCAGUCAGCCGCCGGUCCUUCACCAGCCGCAGCCUGCGGCGUACCCUGCGCCCCAGGCCGCGCCUGGGUAUCCCCAAGUCUACGGGCAACCAAACUACCCGGCAUACGCCAUCAACGCCCAGACCGCGGCGGCUCUUGUCCCAGGCGUCGACCCGGCGCUGGUGCAGAAAGUGAUCAUGUCUCUGCAAGGGCAGCAGCCGCAGUCGGGGGGCAUGGCGGCGGCGGCAUAUGGUGCUCCCGUCCACGCUCCCGUCCCAGCCCCGGCGCCGCCGCAUCCGCACCCGCAUCCGACCGCUCACCAUGGCAUGGGCGGCGGGGCGGCGCCGCAGCACUUUGAUAUCAACACCAUCCUCAGCAACCUCAAGGGGUCCAGCGCAGCCUCGUCUGCGGGAGCGGUCUCGACCCCCUACGGCGUCCCCGGCUACCCUGCUGCCACGGCCCCCGGGCCCGUGGCGCCCGCUGCGCAUCAGCACGGCGCCGACCCCAACCAGCAGGUGCAGAGCAUCAUGGCGCAGCUUGCUCGAUUCAGACAGUAGUGUGAAACUCGUAUGUGUGAAGUACGGCCGGCCGCCGUUGCUUUGAGGAGUCGACAUGGCGCCGCAACACAAGCUACAAGGUACUGCUACAUCUGAGCUUGACACUUUUUUCUUCUUCUCUCAUCCACUUCGUUUUUCUUUUUUUCCCUCUCCAAUCCCACUUCCUCGUCGUGGAGGAUUCGACGAGCGCUGUGAAUACCAUUCCUCGGCCAUCUGUACAUAUAAUCAUCCCUCGUCUCGCCUUCUACAUCUUUCCGGUCUGAACGGUAGCGUGUGAUCAGACGCCUCGCGCUGUGAAAUAAUGGGCGACCCGAUUACUGGUCGUAAAAGAGAAACCAUUUGAGACAAACAGAUUCAGAAUGGGACCAUUACCACACACGCCCAAACCCAUAUUUAUACGCGUUCAUGUCCAUUGACCCCGUGAAAUCUAUUGUUACACACUCCUCUUCGUCUUGGAGGCCCAAAGAG